CAACGACAAAUAGUUUAGAAAAUAGUACUGAGGACAUAAAUGAACACAAGAAGAGAGAAAAAGUGCCAACUAUUAAUGUUUCGAAUAAUAUUGAAAAUAAAAAUGAGCUUACAACAAUUGGGGAGUUUAUUAUGCAAGAGUUGCUCCAGGAGCUGAAUCUUAUAAUAGAAACAAUUCCGGAUGAAAAGAUAAAAGAUCUUACCAGUAAUUCGAGUCCUUGGGAUGAAGAAAAUGAACCAAUCUAUAAAUUUGGUAAUGCCAAGCAAGUGGAAUCAGAGUAUUAUGACUUGGUCUGGGACUUUGGGGUGGAUGAUGCUAAAGAUGAGGCGGAUGUGAUUGGAGAUUUUGUUAAAAACGACUUGACUGAAGAUGCAAUUGAAAGUGCUGCAUAUAAUGCCGAUAUGGAUGUAAUUAAACUGAAGAACCUAUCACAGAUACUUGCAAUAAAUGAUCAAAUCGAGCUGGAAAAGAUUGAAUAUGACCACGAAAAUAAUCGCCGCUCUGGACAGUCUAAUGUUGAAGAAACUCCAAUAAUACCAGACUUUGAAAUCGAUUACGAUAAUAUUUAUGAUAAUAUCGAAAGCUUGGUCGAGAUUGAGAAACAUCUGCAGCUACUUUAUAGACCCUUCACCUGCGUCGUCGAUGUCAAUUGCCGUUUUCGACUCCACGAACUGGCAAUUCUCAUGGAUGACGUCCUCUAUGAGCCCACCCAUCAUCCGGCAUUGUUCGUGCGUCUGCGUAAUCCCAGUGCUGAGUUGAAGCUAUAUGCGGGUGGUAAAAUAACAUCUUCGGCGCUGACAGCCAGCGCGGCUCGCAUGGCUCUGCUGAAGGUCAUCCACAUGGUUGAAAACCUGAACUACAAUACAGACAUCACGAACUUCAGUAAGAAUAUUGUGCACGCCUCCUUCUGUCUGCCCUUCAAGAUCGAUCUGGAAAUGUUGAGCGAAAUGCAUAGCGAUCAUGUGAUCGGGAAUCGAGAGAUGCGACCAUUUAUUACGUACAAGAUCGAUGGUACUGCAAUCAGAUUUGCGAUAUUCCCCAACGGUUACGUGCUGGUAUUGCACUCCACCCAGCACAGCGAAACUAGAGCGGCUAUUGUCGGGAUACUGCCGAUCUUGGCGCAGUUCAGGAACGGUUAUCUAACGCCCACUGAGAAGAACGGCUCUCUUCGUGGGGACAUCUCGUUCAAGGUGCUCUGGGAACGCAAGCUCGAGGAUGAUAAGGGGGGUCUUCUACUCUAUUCUUGAGUCACAGUCUGCAUCUCGAAACCUCGUCUAUCCUGUUGUUCAUUAUUAUGCGAUGUUGUUGCUGCUGUUGUUGUUCUGUAUCUGAAAAUGCUGUGAACAUUUGUCAUAAACCAAACUUGUGUAGUACGUGCAAUGUUUACACUCUGAAGUUUUGGGGCCCACUUGGCAACUUGUUUAAAUACGUGAUUUAUUUACCAUCCAGCUGCUGCUACAGUUGGUCUUCGUUGGUCUUGCAACUAACUACAAAUAGGGCUAUACACAACUUAAAAGCCACACUAAAGUUACCAAACACCCACACCAUAUUCCGACAAAUGAUAAUAAAAAAAAGAAGAAGAAAACAACGUACAAAUCGCAAAA